AUGGCUGAACAACUCGCAACCCCGCGGAUUACUGCGGCCUAUCUCGACAAUUUCGUUGGCCGAGUCGUUAUGCUCGUUGGAAAGGUUACGCAGCUCCGAGGCGAUCAAGCAACCCUUGACUCGGAGGGUACUGUCACUGUUCUGCUGAACAGAGAUGCCCACCUCUCGAAUGGCAACGCAGUUCAGGUCAUUGGCAAAGUCAAUCCGGACCUGUCGAUCAAAGUUUUGACAUCCCGGGAUUUGGGAGCUGGAGUGGAUCAUGGCCCUCACCAGUCCUCACGGGCGUACGCUCCGCGUGUGGCCAUGGUCUGGACUUUGCCAACUGAACCUGGCACCUUCACUUCCCCUAUUCGACAACAAACUUCUAACAACGACCAAUACGGGAAAUCAAACAUAGCAACCCCUGAUUCGACUUCAACCGAGACUGUCAGAUCUUCAAAACCCUUACACAACACUCAGGCAGCUGCACAAAGAUUGCAGCGAAAUACAUCAUCAAACUAUGGCCAAGGUAGGCCUAAUACCGCAAUGUCAUUCACAACAUCUAGCUCCGACAUGAUUCUUGGCCGUGACCUUGAGCCUCUAACCUCCAACUCAUCUUACCCGUCUCAUAUAUCACCUACCCCAACCCCUUCCUUGGGGACACUCCUCCCAUCACCCCCAGCAGAGGUAGUUUAUCGGUCUUAUUCGACAGAAAGUCCACGGCACUCCUCCGUCAACUCGCGAACCAAUCACGAAUAUUCAAACUCGCAGGAUACCUAUGACGAACAAAGCACCCAACAGUCAUACAUACCCUCAGCUCAGCCCUACACGCCCCUUACUUAUUCUCCGCCACCAAUGUCUUCUCCAAGUCUACUCCCGUCUCCGCCGAUAACACAGCCCUGGGAGGACCAAUUCCAUCUCUCACACGGACCGUCAAUGUCCCCCGCAUUUUCGACAACCUCCCAACGCCACUCCGAGCUGUCAGGCAGCCGCUUCCCCACCUUCAACACCGGCGCCGCGACCACUACCACCUACGAGCCAGACGACUCUUCAGACUCUGCGCUUUUUGAUGCUGUUCUCGAUGGAAUCGGGCGCAUUCACGUGUCAAUGGGCCGCGACAAUGCAGGCAGGUGGCGAAUCCAGCGAGCAUCUGAUGAGAGACCAUAG